GUCGACUGCAGCGAGCAGCACAAAAGUUUUGGCUGUCGUAGAGCGAGGCUGGUGUUCGCGUGUGUGUGCGUGCGUGUUUGUGGAGGAUGUUCACAAUCAAACGUUGGUGUACAGGGACUCGCGAAGUCAAGUAGGCAGUGUUUACAAAAGUUUGCAGUGAAGUUUGUGAUGAUGGCGUCUUAUAGGCUUGUAGCGCUACUGAAGCCAGUGUGACAUGUUACGAGCCUCGAUCCAACAGGAAUCAGUGUUUUGGUGGUGUUUUGUUUUCCGUAUAUCGAGGACGCCAUUAUCAGUAUGGCUUUUGGUUUUCCGGUCGCACCCGCGGACACAGCAUUGCCGCUUCUGAGGUCUGUGCUGCCAUUCCCGUGUACGAAAAUUACGUCUUGCCUGACGGUAGUGCUACUCAUCUCCUUCGAAACUGUUCUUCUCUCAACGGUCAGCGACUGCACCAAGUCCUUCUACGUGCAUUGGAACACCACGAAUCCCAUAUUCAGGAUAGACAACACAGAUCACAUCAUCGAUGUAAAUAAGGGAAAUAUACCUUUCGAAUACGACCAAGUGAACAUCAUCUGCCCCGUCUACAUGCCCGGAACUCACGAGGAAGACGCGGAAAAGUACAUCAUUUAUAAUGUAUCAAAGGAAGAAUAUGACACUUGUCGAAUCACAAACCCAAAUGUCCGGAUUAUAGCAAUCUGUGAUAAACCUUACAAGUUGAUGUACUUCACCAUAACAUUUCGGUCGUUCACCCCGCAGCCUGGAGGACUGGAGUUCCAGCCAGGCCAGGAUUACUAUUUCAUCUCCACGUCCUCCAAGGAUGACUUGCAUCGGCGUGUCGGUGGACGUUGCUCCACCCACAAUAUGAAGGUCGUCUUCAAAGUAUGCUGUCGACCAGAGGACCUGAAUAACCAGACCGUUUUCAACCGCCUGCCGAGUACGACCGCAAGUACGAGCGUGCCUACCACGCCGGCUGUCUCCACCACGAGUACCACGACUCCGCUCCCAACCACAGCGAAGCCGACUUCGUAUAAGGACAUGGAUAUUCCUCACUAUAAUGUCAAGUCUACAACCAAAAAGACCAAUGAAUAUGAGAAACAUCCAAACGAAGUGGUGAAGAAUGAAGAGCUAACGUACAGUGGUGCCCGAGGUGCAAGCUACUGCCAUCUGCCAGCGGCGGUGGUGUCCGGCGUACUGUUAUACCUUACAGUGCGGCUAGUCGGGCGGUGAGGAGGAUCAAGUCAUCUCCUCCUCCGUGUAUUAUAGUUGUACAUUAUUUAUAUGUGCCGCACGUGGCUUCCGCCUAGGCACGGAAGGCUCUCCAUCCGUCGUUCUUGAACGAACAGGCUGCUCUCCGUCGCCGAUGCAUCGUCUCUGGAGGCGUGUCCUAGUCGAACAGAUGGCGCAGGAAAGAUGGAACCAAGUGAAGCUGUCGUUACCUCCGAACACGCAAGAACGCGUGCCCGUCUGUUGCCACAGAUGUGACAUGAAUCAGAACAAGUGUGUUUUUAUUUACUUCACUUAUUGGCCCAUACGUUUAUUUGUAAACCUGCAAUUGAGGAGGAAAUAAGACUGGACUGGAUCUAGUUCAAGAUGUAUGACGAACAUGGAAGAAGAAGUGUAAUUAAAAUGGAAUAUUUUAUAUGGCGUGUCUGUCUACAGUACUGGUAUAAUUAACGUGUGACACGAGAGUUAAUAUGGACGUGAUACUUGUUGGAAACGAGAGAUAACUUAUUUUCUUGUAUAAAUAAUGUGAUUACAGGGGAAAGUCGUAUGUUUAUUGAAACACGUUAGCUCGUAGAUAGCGGACGAGCAUUUAUCUCUGCUCGCAUGUGAAGAAAUGAGUUGAGUCCAAAUUUUUAUUUUACAGUCACGAACUCUUUGAGCAUUUGGGAUGUGGACUGAAGUUUCCCUUCUGCUGUAAAGAGCGAAUAUGAACAGAAAGAAAACUGCAGGAUGACGAUGCAUGUUUGUGAUAAAUCACCGCCACAAUUACGUACCGGAACGGCCAUCAUGCGGACUAUAGCGAACUUAUUCUUCCUUUGCAACAAAGGGAACUGUUGUGGGAGGUGGAUGUUUGUACGUGUGUAUGUCAACACUGACGAGUAUGUUGUGAUAGUUGAGUAGCCAUGUUAAAGCAGUACCAACAUUGUAAACAAAGUACUAUUUCUUAUAGUUGCCUCGUUACAGUGAAUGGACAUAUUUUCUAGGAUGCAAGUUUUAGAACACAAUGUACAUCAGACAGAGUAUUGAAAUUUGGCAUUCUUUUGUGGGAGCUCGACUCUUUGCCAGUCGUGCGCUGUACGCUGUAAGUUGUUGUAGCUGCUGACGUGCUCAUAUAAUUCAGCUGUUUUCUGAAAACCUAUCCCAGAAAUCUAUCCGUAUAAUUUGACGACAAAAAUCGGAUACCAAGAACAAAAGCCCUUAGCCCGGAGAGAGUACAGAGGAUGCAAAACCAUGGUGACGAUCAGUCUUCAAGCCAAAUUAUUUUCACUGAAGCUCUUCAGAGCAUGUAUGGGUUGGAAACAAGCGACUGCUUACGUUGCCUUAGAAUGCCCUCACAUUGCUCUGCAUCAGAAAUUGGACCCCAACUGUGAUUUUAGAGUUGGUUUCGUGCCUUAAAGUGUCUCUUCUGCCCAUGUUACGCACCCCUGUAAGCUCUGCAGGCCACAAAGAGAAUGUGCAAUGCAGACAUUGAGUUGGACCUGAAAGUUGCCAGAGGAGGCGACGCGCGUCGUGACGCGUGUCCGUGUCGGAUCACUUGCUCACUCUUCGUUCACGCGUUGUUACGUGUUUUCUAGGGCUUUUAUUAUUGUUUUUAUGCAGCCACAGAGUGACAAUACACAAGCUUCAAGAUGUGAUACAGCCUCCAGCAGUCAACAAGAUGCUUUCUCAUUCAUAAUUUUAAUUUUCCCACAUUUGAAACCUUUGUGACGCUUUCUGUCUGUCUUCGUCUGAAGAGACGUAAACCCAACGCGAGAUGAUAGCGGAGGAUGGCAAAUACAUUGCCAAAGCUAAAUUACUUCUUAAUUGUAGAAAUGAAACAGUGGUUAGAAUUGUGCUAUGUAAUUAUGUGUAUAUAUGGUAUAUAAGUAUUUAAGUGCCAUAAGUGGAUCUGUUGCUGUAUUUUUUUCUUUUCCACACACAAACACACACAAAACACAUGUAUACCCAUAAUAUAAAUAUCUGCAGGAAUAGCCAUAUUAUUGUGUGGGAUAAACUUGUCGUAAGCUGAGUAUCGAUUCCUUCCGUACCUUUCCAGUGUAUAACGUGAACAGUGUAGGGACUUCCUUUGUACUUAGCAUGAUGCCAUCCCAGAAGCUCACUCACACUGGAAGUUUGUCUUCUGUUUUAAUUCUAGAGUAACGCUGAGCUAUGCUGAACACGACUCGCCAUUCCGAUCGCUCCCCCUCGUGGCCCUGAAAGUAGUACUGCCGUACUCAAUCACUGUGCAUUCAGUGCCUUGAGAAUUGCAAGCAAAAGCUGAUAAUGGGGCUUCGGUGUUGCUUUUCUUUUGCUAGCUUAAGCCUUGUCUGUAAGUUGCUCACAUCACCGAACAGUCUGCAUGCAGUGGAAUUGAUCCAGCAUCUUUAACGCCACGUUAAAGCGGCCAAAUUUGGUGCAUCCAGGACUUCCAAAGAAUGUUUGUUUAAAUGGAAGCAUAGAUCUAUUUGUUUUCUAAUUCUGAACUUGUAGGUUAAGCAGCUGUAGGUACACAUACGCGUGUGUUUGUGAGUCACGUUAUCUGAUGCUUAAUAUUGCUGGAGAAUGAUUUGUGAUGUGCGCUGUCUGUUGCCGUUCUGUUUCCGCAUUUCCAUUGCUGUGUGACAUUUAAUUGUUUGCUGUGAAGUCGCCACGGAACGUAUCCAGUAGCUGAUAAACUGAGUCGCUUCCCUGCUUGUUCUGAACCGCCUUCUUUUCCUUGUUCUCCUGUGUUCAAUAUGUAGAUAGGAAAAUAUAUCUGUUUUAUCUUGUAAUAAACUUGUUUAUAACAAAGGAGGAGAUGGCAAAGCUAUUGAAUUAUGCUGUACAUAUUUCAUGCAUAAAAAAUAGUCGCAAAACAAGUAAUCAAGGUUAAGUGAAUUUAUUUAUAUUAAAACUGUAUGUAAGAUAGUUCAGAUUUUGCUAAAGGAAUGUGUUGUGUCGUAUCUACCGAUAAUGUCAAACACUUAUGUACAAAGAGGCAGUUUAUUUGUGAAGCAUGCAAUGGAGGGUGUGUCAAUGUGCGCCCAAACUGGGUUUGGGGGUUGUACCUGUUAUCAACAGCGUAUGUUAAAGCAUUCCUAGGGGUUAAGAAAAACACCUUGGGCCAGCAGCACUUGUGUAAGUUCUGAGUUUCUUUUGCAGUGUGAAUGGAGAUGAUUUGAGUCGUCGUACAGUGGAGUAUUUUGGCUGUUUGCCGGCAUUUUAGGGGAACAUACCGCCUUCAUCAUAAGGGCUGAUUUUACCCUUUCUUACAUGUCCCAGCCUUCAUUUCCGGUGCCCUCAAAAAACUCUCUUCUAAUCAUGAUUCUCUCAUCAUCUCCCCUCUCAUUCCUUGGCUGGCUCCGAUUGACCGGUCCCCGUGCCAUGAUCCGUCUCCUGUCCCUGCAUCAGCCAAGAUGAGAGGGGCAGUAUGUUCCUCUAACAUAAUGGCAUGCGGCCAAAAUACAUGGUGCAAUAUCCAGAAGAUAAUUGUGUAACAAUACUUUUCUUAGAUAGAAUAUCUGCAUACUGUACGCAAGAGCUAAGAAAGUCCCUGUAACAUGCUGAUUCAUGAGUUGAGAAUGUUGGUCUGUAGUAUAAAGAUAUUUCUCAUGUGUUUGUUCUUCGCUUCUCCAUUAAUUUAUUUGUUUUAUUAUUGGCUCUAACUUCCGUUGUUUCAAAGUAUUACUACUAAAGUUAACAUCAAAUUGGAACAAGCAAAUGUUUUUUGGUCUGCUAGUAGUGGAGCAUGUAACUUCCCAGGCUGCAUCCAUCGCGCUUAACUCUUGUGCGGUAGUGCAUGUGUGUUGUACCUCACAGUAGGGGUCUGUGAUUCUUGUCCUUAGUUUCCUGAGAGUACGGAAACUAAAGGAUAUAAUCAAGCGUACGUUGGAUUCGUUGAUAUAUUCACUGUGCAGAGUUUCAAGAAAAUAACUGUCACUCACAUUGAAAAUACCAGCAAGGUAACGGAGAUGAUCGAUCACACGAGGCAGAUUUUUUCAUUGGUUUCCUAAAAUAAGCAUAUAUGAAGUUCAGCGACAGAACACAAGCUUGCAGAAAACUUCCGCAGCCCAUGUGAAGGGCCUGAGGCGUGAGGGUCGUGAAAUGCGUUUAAGAUUUCAGAAAGAUAAUAUUAGGAAGGAAUAUGUCCUCAGUCUUUCCACUUGCACUUCACUUGAUGUUUAUACUCAUAUCACAUUAUAAAUGUAUGUGUAAAUGGCAUAUUUAAUUUGUUCGUUGAAUUGAAUAAUUAUUUGUCCAUGAAGUAAGGUAAGCUAGUUUUAUGAUUUCUAAUUGUACUCAGGGGCAGUAGAUAUUUUACUUAAAGAUGAUAGUUUUGGCAACAGUGAUUCUCAGAAAAUUAUCAUUGGUGCUUAUAUGCACAUAAAAUAAGUCUCUAUUUUGAUUUGAAAUGUCUCAUGUACUGCAUUAAGUCUGUGAAUUGUUUGGUGCACGUCUUUUGCCAUGAAUCUGCACUUGCCAUUUCCUUCUUUCCAUUUAGAAUUGAAGUCGAUGGCCGUCUCCCUCUUUAUUCCUAAGGCAGCUGCUGUUCGAGAUUCAGAUAGGUCAUACCAGGUUAGCAAACUUGUGUGCAUGAAUCAGUUAUUACACAAGGUUUUUGCAAGUGCUGCUGAAUCAUUCCCUGGACACAAGAAUGAUUGGCAGUUAUUAGUUUGGUGGCUUUUAGUUGCAAUGAGCACACAAAUUAUUAAUGGAUGAUAAUAGUAAUUACAACAAGAAAUUCAGGCCUGGCACACAACUAGAAUAAGCUCACCAUCAGCCAAAAUUGUGUUCAGCUUUCAUUAAAGGGGGAAAAAAGUAUAAAACAAAUGCUCAAAUGCCAACAAGAAAAGAGCAAAGUCUGUUACAGAAUUUUUGUUGCAGUCCAGCCAGUUGUAAAGGCUGUAAUGAUUUUGUCUGUCUGUGUGUGUUACGUAUGCGCGCGCACAUAUUACUGUAUUCCAUUAAUAACCUCUCCAGAUGAACUUGACAUGUGUGUGCUGAUGUGUAGUGGAUUUAUCAAAUGGUACAGUGGAUGUUUUUCCUGUUAUUUAUAUUCAGCACCUUUGUCACUAUACACCAUACAACAUGAUGGGAAAUAUUUUAUAACUGACUUUUGUACAGAAUAAAAUAUAAUUAUUGUAACGUGAAUCA